AGGUAUAACCUUACAUUUUCAAUUUUAAAGUUGUAUUGUUUGUGAACUAGUUUUGGGUUUGAAUAUCCCAAUGGAUCUCAUUAUGUGUCGAACUUGCUUAAAACAGGGAACCUUUUGUUCUCUUUUUAACAAUCACGAACAAACUUCCGUCCAGUUUUCACACAUGCUGGAUUAUUGUGCCUCUGUACAGGCCGACGUGGAAGAUGGUUUACCUUCACAAAUAUGCGAACAGUGUGUGGACACGCUUGUCACGUUCUACAAAUUUAAAAAAACCGUGUUGGAUAACGACUUGAAAUUACGAGAAAGACAUCAAACAGCAAAAACAGAAAUCAAAAAAGAAGUGGACGAAACACCUCUUCAAAAUGACAAUAUUAGAUCAGACUUUGUGAAAGUUUGUAGUGUUGAUAUACCAAAAAAUUCAACAACAAAAACUAAAAAAGCCAAAAAAAUCCACCAGUGCAAUGUAUGUGGAGAAAUUUUAAGCUGUCGGAGUAACUUUAACAAGCAUGUCAAAUCGCACACGGGAGAAAAACCAUACGAAUGUGACAUUUGUGGAAAAAAAUUUACGAGAUUGGAGCAUGUGAAAGUUCAUAAGAGGAUACACAGUGGCGAAAAACCGUAUCAGUGUAGCAUUUGCCAGCAGCAGUUCACCCAAUACGCGACUUUAUCAGUCCAUAUGCGAACCCACAGUGGUGAAAAACCAUACAUGUGUUCAACUUGUGGGAAAGCGUUCAGUCAGGUCACGUCUUUAACGUACCAUGAGAGGAUACAUACUGGGGAAACCCCCUACAAGUGUGAAGUGUGUGGAAAAGGAUUUGCACAUAAUGGUAAUCUACAGAAUCACAUGAGGUUCCACAAUAAUGAAAGACGCUUUGAGUGUGAAUUUUGCGGAAUGAGAUUCGUGAUGAGUUCGCACUUAUCAACACAUAUUAAAAGACAUACAGGGGAAAAACCGCAUAAGUGUAAUAUAUGUGGGAAGGGAUUUAUUCAAAGUAAAUAUUUAACGAGUCAUUUGCGGACGCAUUCAGGGGAAAGGCCCUACGUUUGUGGCGUUUGUUCAAAGAGUUUUACACAGAAGGGGGCGCUGGGUCGACAUAUGAAAACUCAUAGAAAUAAUUAGAUUUUUUGUUUUUGUUAUUUUAACAUGUCUAAUCGUGGCCUAAUGUUGGUAGUGCUGGCUAGAGAUGUUAAAGAGAUGUUAAAUAGGUUCAUUUUUUUGUUUAUUUGGUAUUUUUGUUAUAAACAUUUUAUAGUUUUAAUUAAAUAAGCAGUUAAAAUAAGUAUACUUUUUUCGUAAAUUAGCGGGCAAUUUUUGUUGCACUAACAUCUCUAGUGCUGGCAGAUCCGAAAAAUAUGUAACGAGGGUGGCAAAAAAGUUACAUUGUCUUAAUUGGUGUAUUUAUUAAUUACGUUAUUUAUACUAUAAACAUUAUUUUAAUAUGCAAAUAAAAUUUGA